CAUAUCCUCAGCGAAAGUAGACCGUAAAUGUCAGUUUCCAAAUCCCAACGUCAAGGCCAUAGCACCCGGGACCGUAUAAAUAUUCCCAGCUCAUACCGUGCAAUAUAACAACACAAACAGGUCAUUUGUUCUUCAACAGCGUUUUGUUCAUUUGUUCUUCAACAUUUGUUCUCCAACAUUGAGGACCAUGAGUACAGACUGGACGCCCACCCUGUGGUCAGAGUGUUUUGAGGAGAUGUUGGAUGAGGAGCUGGACAGCAGUGACCAGUGGGCCUUCCACUUCAACUACGGCCUGACAGAAACACUCACCAAGGAGGAGAGGAGGAGAAGAUGGCGGGUGUACAGCCACUGUGCCUACGGACAGUUCCAGUGUGGUGAGUGUUCUAAGACAUGGCCGUCGGCACGGGUGAUAGUAAUGUUCCAUUAUCGGCUGCGGGAUGAGACAGGCCGGGGGACCGUGCUGAUGCGGCCUUUCGGCCAGGCAUGCAGACGCUGCCAGGCAGAGUUUGAACUUCCAGGCUUUUCCAAGAAUGAGGUAGAAGAGGCACUGCUCCGGCUGUUUGGAAAGAUUAGGAAGAACUGCUAUGGAGAGGAGGACAAGGAGGAGGAGGAGGAAGAGGAGGAAGAGGAGGAGGAAGAGUCAGAGGGAUCAGAGAAGGUGUGGAAGAGGCCCCAUGAGAAAGCCCUGUGUGAAGCCUGCCGACUGGGCAUCUGCUGUCAAGAAGAGUAGAGGAGAGAUAGAGAAAGGGGCACGUAGCCUAAUGCUGUCUAGAAUUCGUUGUAAAAAUAUUAAAAACAGCACUAUCUAUAAUGUUGUGCUAUGGACUUUGGAGUUGUGUAAUAAACAUGUAUUAUGUAUAAUGUGUGCUGUUUCCCCUCUCCAGGGUCGUAUUUACUAGUAAUGAAUGUGAAGGGACUACCUGAACUUGUCCAAUAAGAAAUACUUGUUUUUGUUUUCUGUUGUGUAAGGUUUUGCUAAUGUACUACCCAGAUUUCCCCCCACUUUGUAAACUGGAGCCAUGCAGCAAGGCUAUAUUUUGAUAAGUACACAAGUGUGAAAAUGUAUGCACUCACUAACUGUAAGUUGCUCUGGAUAAGAGCGUCUGCUAAAUGAC